AUGAACGGCACGAGCUCGGCGUCCCGCUCCAAGCGCAAGGAGCCGCCUCUUUCUGUCGGUGGCCGCCAUCCAAAACACCACCGUCCCAACGGCGACCUGUCCUCUGCCGGUGACCAUACCCCCGAUCGGCACGACGACUUCGAGGGCGACUAUGAGGAAUACGAGGACCCCAGACUGACCGCCCUCCUGCCGACCGGCCCGGACACGGCCGAGUGGCAGGCCACCAUCCAGAACGUGGUUCGGAACGUGGUGUCGAUCCGCUUCUGCCAGACGUGCUCGUUUGAUACCGACCCGGCUUUAACAAGCGAGGCAACGGGGUUCGUUGUCGAUGCCGAGAGGGGAUACAUUCUAACAAACCGCCACGUCGUUGGCUCGGGCCCUUUCUGGGGCUACUGCAUCUUUGACAACCACGAGGAGGUCGACGCCUACCCGGUCUACCGAGAUCCCGUCCACGAUUUCGGCAUCCUCAAGUUCGACCCCAAGGCCAUCAGGUACAUGCCCGUGGCCGCUCUACCCCUGCGGCCGGACCUGGCCAAGGUCGGCGUCGAGAUUAGGGUGGUUGGCAACGACGCAGGCGAGAAGCUCAGCAUUUUAUCAGGCGUCAUCAGCAGGCUGGACCGCAACGCGCCCGAAUAUGGCGAGGGGUACAGCGACUUCAACACGUGCUACUACCAGGCUAGCGCGGCUGCCAGCGGGGGCAGUUCCGGUUCUCCGGUCGUCAACAUCGACGGCUACGCGGUCGCGCUGCAAGCUGGUGGUAGGGCAGACGGCGCUGCCACCGAUUACUUCCUGCCGCUGGAUCGACCGCUCCGAGCGCUGAAGUGCUUGCAGGAGGGCAAGCCGAUUACCCGGGGUGACAUCCAGUGCCAAUUCCUGCUCAAGCCCUUCGACGAGUGCCGCAGACUCGGCCUGAAUCCCGAGUGGGAGGCUCAGGUCCGGAAGGCUUUCCCAAAAGAGACCAACAUGCUGGUUGCGGAGAUCGUCUUGCCAGAAGGCCCCUCGCAUCACAAGAUCGAGGAGGGCGACGUCUUGAUCAAGGUGAAUGGCGAGCUGCUGACCCAGUUCAUCCGCCUGGACGAUGUCCUGGACUCGAGCGUCGGCCAGACCGUCAGACUCCUGCUGCAACGCGGCGGAGAGGACGUCGAGGUGGAGAUCGAGGUUGGCGACCUGCACAAGAUCACUCCCGACCGCUUCGUCUCCGUCGCCGGCGGUAGCUUCCAUAGCCUUUCCUACCAGCAAGCGCGGCUGUACGGCGUGGCCUGCAAGGGCGUCUAUGUGUGCGAGGCUGGCGGCUCCUGGCGUUUCGAUAACUCCGAAAACGGCUGGCUGAUUCAGACUGUCGACCACAAGAAGACGCCCGAUCUCGAGACGUUCAUCGAGGUUGUCAAGAACAUCCCAGAUAAGGCCCGCGUCGUGGUGACCUACAAGCACCUGCGCGACUUGCAUACCCUCAACACGACCAUCAUCUACAUGGACAGACACUGGUCCAAGAAGAUGAAACUGGCCGUCCGGAACGACGAGACCGGGCUGUGGGACUUCUCAAACCUUGCCGACCCCCUCCCACCCGUCCCGCCCGUCCCGCGGAAGGCUGCCUUUAUCCAGCUCGAGCACACAUCCCACCCGGCCGUUGCCGAUCUGGUCCGCAGCUUUGUCCACGUCAGCUGCACGAUGCCGGUUAAGCUCGAUGGCUUCCCGAAGAACAGGAAGUGGGGCAUGGGACUCGUGAUUGACGCGGACAAAGGUCUUGUGGUAAUAUCAAGAGCAAUCGUCCCGUACGAUCUCUGCGACAUUAGCAUCACGAUUGCCGAUUCCAUCGUGGUCGAGGGCAAAGUCGUGUUCCUCCACCCGCUUCAAAACUACGCCAUCAUUCAGUACGAUCCGAAGCUCGUUGACGCACCCGUCCUCAGUGCCAAGCUGAGCUCCGAGGAAAUCACGCAGGGUGCUUCGACGUACUUUAUCGGCUACAACCGGAUCGGGCGCAUUGUCCACGCUGCGACGACCGUGACCGAGAUCUUUGCCGUCACAAUACCUGCCAACUCGGGGGCGCCCCGGUACCGCGCCGUCAACGUGGACGCCAUCACGGUCGACACGAGCCUCAGCGGGCAGUGCGGCAGCGGUGUGCUUGUCGCGCAGGACGGUACAGUCCAAGCCCUCUGGCUCACAUACCUUGGCGAGCGCAACCCGUCAACCCACAGGGACGAAGAGUAUCACCUGGGUCUCGCCACGCCGACGCUGCUUCCCGUGGUCAAGCAGAUCCAGCAGGGAAUCGACCCGAAAUUGCGCAUGCUUUCGGUCGAGUUCCGCGCCAUCCAGAUGUCGCAGGCGCGGCUGAUGGGCGUGUCGGAUGACUGGAUCCACCAGGUCUCGCUGGCCAACACGUCGCACCACCAGCUCUUCAUGGUGACCAAGCGCACGUUUGAGCGCAACGAGACCCAAGAUGGGCCCGCGCUCCUCGAGGGCGACGUGUUGCUGAGCCUUAACGGUAAGAUCGUCACCAAGAUCUCAGACCUCGACGUCAUGUACUCAAACGAGGAGCUCGACGCUGUUGUGGUGCGGGAUUGCAAGGAGCUGAGCUUGAAGCUGCCCACCGUGGCAGCGCACGACGUCGAGACAACGCGCGCCGUGUCUUUCUGCGGAGCUAUCUUCCAUGCUCCGCACCAUGCCGUCCGCCAGCAAAUUAGUAAGCUGUUCAGCGAAGUGUACGUCUCGGCGCGGACUAGGGGUUCGCCCGCGUACCAGUACGGGCUGGCGCCGACGAAUUUUAUUACUCAUGUGAACGGCAAGCCGACGCCGGAUUUGGAGGCUUUUCUGAGAGAGGUGGUGAAAAUUCCGGAUAAUACUUACUUCCGUCUCCGCGCCGUGACGUUUGACAACGUGCCGUGGGUGGUGACCAUGAAGAAGAACGAGCACUACUUCCCCACCAUGGAGCUCAUCAAGGACCCCAGCGAGGAGUGUGGCUGGCGGAGGGUUACGUAUGAGGGUGGCAAGGUGAUUCAGGGCGAGGGGCCCGAUGGCGUGGUGGCUCCCGCUGGGGAGAGCACGGAUAUGGAUGUUGAUGCCGGCGUCUGUUGA